AUGGAACACAGUAAAAGCGAUAUCUUACCUCCUCCCGGUCGAGCCCCCAACCACACACCUCCCAGAGUGUCACCUCGUCUUCCGUCCCUCGUGCCGGAUGUUGGGGCGACAAGAGUGACCUCCCCCUCCAGAAAAUACCCCGUUAUAAAGCAGAGGGGCUUCUAUUCCGAUAUCCUGCCCCACAGAGCGUCAGCGCUGGUCAAGGAUUAUAAUGCCGGACCCAACGUCCAGCCCGACCUCCUGAGACAGGCCGACCAGGAACGCAACACCCCAAAAGCGAGCAGUUUCGAAGCUCCGGCAGACCUCCAGGCUCUCCUCGAUAGGCAGGUCUACGGUCCGACGACAGAAGUUCUUGUCAAAUCGGACUUCUCAAAAAGAGGUUAUGAGCCCAAAGCGCAGGUCCAGUACGAGGUGCCCCCCGGGAAGUGCCCCCGCAAGAUCGAACUGGAGAGGAGGAGGCGGGACUACCUGAAACUGGAUAUAGCCCAGCUGCUGUCCAAUGAGGGAAUUGACUCAAAUCUGCUAAUGCCCCAUAACACAGACCCCGCCCACCUACCCGGCUCAGGGCAGAACUCGGGACAGCUUCUUCCAACUUACUUACCAUUGGAGGUCUUUGAUGAUGAAGAGUUUGACCUUCGGACGAGUUCUGAUUGGCUAAGCCUGGGAUACGAGGACGGCUCUGAUGUACGCAAACCUGUGCCCGGCAGAUCGCUGCUUCCCGCGGAUGAUGUUCUGGGACACGAGGACCCGAAGAGCCCCCAACUGGUGUACAGAUGGUGCAAUGUCGGAGUUCUGGAUUACGAUCAAGGGAAGAAGCUCUACCUGGUUCAGAAGUCCACAGACAUCCGACUCCUGACCCCGGACAAGAUGGCGGCUCCCUCCUGCCAGUACUGGGUCCCGCGGAUCCGGCUGCUGUUCUGCGCGGAGAACCCACGGGUGUUUGCGCAGAGGAUUGUCGCCGCUGACCGCCUGCGGAAGAAGACGGAGGCUCUGCUCUUGUAUAACCUGUACAUAGACUGCAUGCCGGGAAACGGUCGGAAAAUCACCGCGGAGAGCCUGGACAGGAUGAUGCAACGACUGCUGAGCACAGCGCGCCUGAAACAGGAGGACGACGUUCACCGCCAACUCCAACUCCUGGAAGCCGAGAUCCGAUUGGACUAUGAGCGCUCCAUGAACAAACUCAUCUUCGAGCGACUCGUCUCUUCGAAGCCUCAGAAAUUUCCCUACGUUACCGUCCCGGAGAAGGUGGAGGAAAAGGUUCCUGAGAAAGGUCUCGUCUGCGUCCCGGAUUACACCUACGCCAAGAAUCGAAAAGCGUUCAUCUUCACCACCCUGCUGACGAGGUCAGAGGUCAUCAGUUCUCUCUGCAAAGUUCGGGCGGAGUGUAACAGAGUCUCCACCAUGUCCCUGUUCCACUCCACGCUGGCCAAAUGCGUGCGGCUGGAGGAGUUCGAGCAGACGCAGUCACAGACCUUCUCCCAGGUCCAGUUGUUCCUGAAGGACAGCUGGGUCAGCACGCUGAAGAACGCGGUGCGCGGCAGCCUGCGGGAGGUGGGGAAAGGCUGGUAUGACCUCACCGAGUGCAACUGGGAAGUCUACUGCAUGUCCAAGCUGAGACAACUGAUGGAGCUCAUCAAGUUCAACCUGCAGGACUCCCUCCGCUUCCUAGUGCAGGACUCCCUGGUCAGCUUCACCCAAUUCAUCCUGGACGCCUGCUACAGCGUUCUGACCUGCACCGAGGGCAUGGACUGGGGGGGAGACCUCAUCAACAGUCCCUACAAGCCGCGCCGAAACCCAAUUUUCCUGCUGGAUCUGGUUCUGGAUGCCUCUGGGGUCCAUUUCAGCACCGCGCUGGAGAAUUUCGAAGGUACCCUGAUGACGUUGUUUGAUAAAGGGAUUCUGGCUACUCACAGCGUUCCCCAAUUGGAGAAGUUUGUCCUGGAGGACCUUUUCAUCAGCGGCACCCCACUGCUGGAGUCUGUGGGCCUCCACGAGCCUCCGGUGGAAGAACUGCGCAGCAACAUCCGCAACGCCAUUUGUAAAGCCCUGAUACCGUUGACGGCGUACGCAAAACAAUACGAGAAAUACCUGGAGGUCAACAACACCGAUGUGGAAACAUACAUAAAGACGUUCCGGGAAAAGAACCCCUCGGCGUCAGAGGUAAAACUGGAGGUUGAGAAGCAUCUCCUGGAGAAGGAACGCCUGGACAACGCUCUGCCCAACUCCAUCAUAGUCGGCCCCUUCCAGAUCAGCAUCGAGGGAGUCAAACAAAACUUGUGUCGGAAACGCAAAGCUCUUUCCAGCGUCCUGUUGGAGCUGCUCGCUAAGAACGUGCGCAAAGAGGUGGACGGGAUCUCAGACCAGUUCCGAAGCAUCAGCCACAGCUUGUACGAAAAACCAAACAGCGUGGAGGAGCUGACGGAGCGCAGAGAAUGGAUGAAGGGAGUUCCAGAGCAAAUAAAGACGCUGGAGGAGCAGAUUGGGAAAGUCAUAGCUGAUUAUGAGGUCAUCGAUGAGGCAUUGUUUAGCCUUUCCCAGGAAGAUUUCAGCUCAAAAUGGGCCAUCAUUGCUUGGCCGCACAAGAUUACGACCACUAUGGAGACCAUCUGCGAGCAGCACUUGGAGGAUGAAGAGCGCUUCCGGAAGAUCCAGGUCAUGGACCAGAACAAUUUCUUGGAGCGUCUGGACUCCAUGCAGAUGGUAGUAGCCGGAUUCUCCGCAUGCACUGAAAUAAAUCGCGCCCAUGAGAUCGCCAACGAAGUUCGACGAGUCCACAAGCAGCUGAAGGAGUCACAGCAGAUGGCGCAAAUGUACAACAACCGGGAGAGGCUGUUCAACCUGCCUGUGACCAAUUAUGACAAACUUCUGAAACUGGUGAAAGACUUCCAGCCCUUCCGGGAUCUCUGGACCACCGUGUCGGACUGGAUGCGCUGGUAUGAAAGCUGGAUGAACGACCCGCUCACCUCCAUCGACGCCGAACAACUGGAGAAGAACGUCAUGGAGUCUUAUAAGAACAUGCACAAAUGCGUCAAACACUUCCGCGAUAUUCCAGCCUGCCAGGAAGUGGCACAGGACAUCAAGAACCGCAUCGAAGAUUUUAAGCCAUACAUCCCACUGAUCCAAGGCUUGCGGAACCCCGGCAUGAGGAACCGCCACUGGGAGAUGCUAUCGGAGCAGAUACAGAUCACCGUCAAACCCAAAGCCAACCUGACCUUCACCCGCUGCCUGGAGAUGAAGCUUCAGGACCAUAUUGAAGCCAUCAGUAAGGUGGCAGAAAUCGCUGGGAAGGAAUUCUCUAUUGAGCAGGCACUGAACAAGAUGGAAGGUGAGUGGGCCUCGAUAUUGUUCACCGUCUUGCCAUAUAAAGAGACAGGAACCUUUAUAUUGAAGAGCCCGGAGGAGGCCUCCCAGCUUCUGGAUGAUCAUAUUGUGAUGACCCAAAGCAUGUCGUUCUCACCAUACAAAAAGCCUUUUGAGGAACGGAUCAGCACAUGGGAGAGCAAACUUCGCUUGACGCAGGAUGUACUGGAAGAGUGGCUGACCUGCCAGCGCUCCUGGCUCUACCUGGAACCCAUAUUUAGCUCUGAGGACAUUAACCGGCAACUGCCAGUGGAGAGCAAACGCUACCAAACCAUGGAGAGGACCUGGAGGAAGAUCAUGCGGAGCGCCGAGGAGAACAAACAGGUGAUUUCCCUCUGUCCAGACCCUCGUCUCCUAGAGAGCCUCCGGGAAUGUAACAAGCUGCUAGAACUGGUGCAGAAAGGGCUCAGCGAAUAUCUGGAAACCAAGCGAGGAGCCUUCCCCAGGUUUUAUUUCCUGUCUGAUGACGAACUUCUGGAAAUACUCUCCCAGACAAAGGACCCCACCGCUGUGCAGCCGCACUUACGCAAGUGUUUUGAGAACGUAGCGCGGCUUCUUUUCCAGCCAGACCUGCAGAUCACCCACAUGUACUCCGCAGAGGAUGAGGAGGUCCAAAUGUCGACCCCCAUUUAUCCCACUGGAAAUGUGGAGGACUGGUUACUGCAGGUGGAGAAGGUCAUGAAGGGCAGCGUGAGGGAUCACAUCCAAAGAGCAAUAAAUGCCUAUCCAGAGGCACCACGAACUGAGUGGGUGAAGAACUGGCCGGGCCAAGUUGUCAUAGCUGGAUGUCAGACAUUCUGGACAAAAGACGUGUCUGAGGCCCUGGAUGCCGGAGACCUGAGCACCCGCCUCUUCCCGCAGCUAGAAGCUCAGCUCAGUGACCUGGUCGCCCUGGUACGUGGAAAGCUGUCUCGCAUGCAGCGCAACAUUCUCUCUGCUCUGAUCGUGAUCGAAGUCCACGCCAAAGAUGUCGCCGCUCGUCUGGUCGAAGAAAACGUUACCAGUGUUAACGAUUUUGAGUGGAUAUCUCAGCUCAGGUAUUACUGGACCCGGGAUGAUCUGUAUGUGAGAGCUGUUAAUGCCGAGUUCUUGUAUGGAUACGAAUACCUGGGGAACACGGGCCGACUGGUCAUAACGCCUCUGACGGACAGGUGCUACCUAACCCUGACGGGGGCUCUACAUCUAAAGUUCGGAGGCGCCCCUGCUGGACCUGCCGGCACAGGGAAAACAGAGACCACCAAGGAUCUGGGUAAAGCACUGGCCAUCCAGACCGUUGUCUUCAAUUGCUCCGAUCAACUAGACUUCAUGGCCAUGGGCAAGUUCUUCAAAGGCCUGGCCAGCUCUGGUGCCUGGGCGUGCUUCGAUGAGUUUAAUCGUAUUGACAUUGAGGUCUUGUCUGUCGUGGCCCAACAAAUUACCACCAUCCAGAAGGCUCAGCAGCAGAGAGUGGAUCGCUUCAUGUUUGAAGGAAUGGAGAUCCCACUGGUGUCUACCUGUGCCGUUUUUAUCACCAUGAACCCUGGCUAUGCGGGCCGUACAGAACUACCUGAUAACCUUAAGGCUCUCUUCCGUCCCGUUGCGAUGAUGGUGCCGGAUUACGCCAUGAUCGCGGAGAUCUCUCUGUAUUCCUUUGGCUUUGAUAACGCCAAAAUCCUGGCCAAAAAAAUCACCACGACUUUCAAACUGUCAUCCGAGCAACUCAGUUCCCAGGAUCACUAUGAUUUUGGAAUGAGAGCCGUUAAGACCGUGAUAUCUGCUGCUGGAAACCUAAAGAGAGAAAAUCCAACUAUGAAUGAGGAGCUGAUCUGUCUCAGAGCGAUCCGAGACGUUAACGUCCCCAAAUUCCUACAGGAUGACCUGAAGCUCUUCAGCGGGAUUGUGUCAGAUCUCUUCCCCCGGAUUGAAGAUGUACACAUCGAUUACGGAAGCCUGGAGGAGGCCAUUCGUAAAACGUGCACCCAGGAAAACCUCAAAGAUGUGGAUGGCUUUGUGACAAAAUGUAUCCAGCUGUAUGAGACCACCGUGGUGCGACACGGCCUGAUGCUUGUAGGGCCGACUGGUUCGGGAAAGUCACAGUGUUACAAGGUCCUUGCUGCAGCCAUGACGUCUCUUAAGGGUCUCCCUUCAGUCAGUGGUGGGACCUACGAGACAGUUUACUACUACGUCCUGAACCCCAAGUCCAUCACAAUGGGUCAGCUUUAUGGGGAGUUCGAUCUGCUGACACAUGAAUGGUCGGACGGGAUCUUGUCCUCCCUGAUCAGAGGAGGCGCCUCUUCCACAGACCCGGAUAAGAAGUGGUACAUGUUCGACGGGCCUGUAGAUGCUGUGUGGAUUGAGAACAUGAACACGGUGCUGGAUGACAACAAGAAGCUGUGUCUGAGCUCCGGGGAGAUAAUCAAACUGACCGAGGCCAUGACCAUGAUGUUUGAGGUUCAGGAUUUGGCCGUUGCUUCUCCAGCCACAGUCUCACGUUGCGGUAUGGUGUAUUUGGAGCCCAGUAUUCUGGGACUGACGCCGUUCACGGAAUGUUGGCUGCGCCGUAUUCCCGCUGUCAUGGAGCCGCACAAAGAGCAGCUGGAGUCGCUCUUCUCCCGAUUCCUGCAGGAUUCCAUCCAGUUUGUCCGCCUAUCGGUGAGGGAGGUGAUCACUUCCACCGACAGUAACCUGGUGAUGAGUCUUCUCAAACUUCUCGAGUGUUUCUUCCAGCCCUUCAUACAACGAGAGGGACAGAAGAAGAUCUCACAGGAGAAGCUGAAUCAUGUUGGAGAUCUGGUGGAAUCCUGGUUCUUCUUCUCGCUGGUGUGGAGCGUUGGGAUCUCUGGAGACUCUGCCAGCCGUGAACUGUUCAGUAAAUUCCUGAGAGACAAAAUGGCAUCUGAAAAGGUGACAAUGUUGUUCCCAGAGGAAGGAUUAGUCUAUGACUACAUGUUGGAUGAUGCCGGAAUCAGUAGCACUGCUGAGGACGAGGAUGAGGACACCCAGCGGAAGGUGCGCUGGGUGAACUGGAUGGAAUCUUCCGCCCCCUUCUCCAUCGCACCCGACACCAGCUACGCGGAUAUCAUCGUACCCACAUUGGACACCGUGAGGAUGUCCCACCUCCUGGGGAUGCUGCUCACCAACAAGAAGCCUGUUCUUUGCAUUGGUCCCACCGGCACCGGGAAGACCCUGACUGUCUCAGACAAGCUUCUGAAGAACAUGCCGCUGGAAUACAUUAGUCACUUCCUUAUGUUCUCUGCGCGGACAUCGGCCAAUCAGACCCAAGAUCUUAUAGACAGCAAGCUGGACAAAAGGAGGAAAGGGGUGUUUGCUCCACCCCUUGGACGUUACUUCAUCUUCUUUAUUGAUGAUAUGAACAUGCCGGCACUGGAGACCUAUGGAGCACAGCCACCCAUCGAGCUGCUGAGACAGUGGAUGGACCACGGAGGGUGGUACGACCGCAAGCAGAUAGGGGUCUUUAAGAAGUUAGUAGACAUUAACUUCCUGUGUGCCAUGGGGCCGCCAGGAGGAGGCAGGAAUCCCGUUUCCCCCCGCCUCACCCGUCACUUCAACUACUUGUCCUUCACCGAGAUGGCCGACAGCAGCAAGAGUCGAAUCUUCUCCAGUAUCCUGGCCAACUGGAUGGUUGGCGCACCAACCAUCCAGAACCUAACCGAGCAGCUAGUUGAUGCUACAAUAAAAGUCUACAAUACAAUUACGUCACAGCUCCUCCCCACCCCAGCAAAAUCCCACUACACCUUCAAUCUGCGAGACCUGUCCAAGGUGUUCCAGGGCAUGCUGAUGGCUGAUCCAACCAAAAUGGAGAACAAGUUCAGCCUCUUGAAGUUGUGGUACCACGAAUCCUGCCGGAUCUUCCAGGACCGCCUGGUGAAUAAUGAAGACCGCAGCUGGUUUGAUGAAUUGAUGAAGGGCCGGAUGGAGGAGUUUGGGGCCACUUUCCAGGAAGUGGUGCCGCAGCAGCCGGUGCUCUAUGGAGAUUUCAUGACCACUGGAGCAGAUUCCAAAGCCUACCAACUCAUUGAGGAUAGGCAGAAGCUCGUUCAAGUGAUGGAGGAAUACAUGGAGGAUUAUAAUCAAAUAAACACCUCCAAAAUGAAGCUGGUCCUCUUCCUUGAUGCCAUCCAGCACAUUUGUCGCAUCAGUCGUGUCCUGCGCCAGCCGCUGGGCAACGCUUUGCUCCUGGGCGUGGGAGGAAGCGGGAGACAGAGCCUCACAAGACUGGCCAGUCACAUGGCCGAGUAUGAGUGCUUCCAGAUCGAACUGUCUAAGAACUACGGGAUGGCGGAGUGGAGGGAGGAUCUAAAAGGAAUCUUACUUAAAGCAGGACUGCAGAAUACGCCCAUCACUUUUCUCUUCACCGACACCCAGAUCAAGAACGAAUCAUUCCUCGAAGACAUCAACAAUAUCCUAAACUCCGGAGAUGUCCCCAACCUGUACGGGACGGAGGAGCUGGAUCAGAUUGUCACCGUCAUGAAGCCGGUUGUACAAGACAUGGGGCAACAGCCAACCAAAGCCAACUUGAUGGCCGCCUAUACCCGCCGAGUACAGGGGAACAUCCACACCGUGCUGUGCAUGAGUCCUAUAGGUGAGGUUUUUCGCGCUCGUCUCCGGCAGUUCCCGUCUCUGGUGACUUGCUGUACCAUUGACUGGUUUGACGAAUGGCCGGCGGAGGCUCUACAAUCCGUAGCCUCAUCCUUCCUGAUGGAGAUCCCGGAGCUGGAGUCCAAAGAUUCCGUCAUCCAGGGCAUGAUCCAGAUGUGUGUGGAGAUGCACCAGUCAGUCGGCGUGAAGUCCAAACAGUACUUAGCAGAACUUUCCCGUCACAAUUAUAUCACCCCGAAGAGUUACCUGGAGCUGCUGGGGAUCUACUCCACUCUGAUCGGGAAAAAGCUGAUGGAGAUCAAAACAGCCAAAGAUCGGAUGAAGAGCGGCCUGGAUAAGGUGAGAGAGACACGUGACCGGCUCAGUGUCCUCUGUACAGCGCUGCGAAUCAUGAGGAAGCAUUGGCCAAUCAGAUCCCAUUGUAUCGAAUGCUCCGAUCUCUGAAUCCUUUCUCCUUAUCUCCUCCAGGAAGACACAGUGGUGGCGGAGGCCACGCGAGCCUCAGUGCAGGCGGAGGAGGCCAAAGCCAAGGAGAAGGCGCGCCUGGCCCAGGAGAUCGCAGAUGACGCCCAGAGGGAUCUGGACAAAGCCCUCCCCGCGCUGGACGCUGCGCUCGCCAGUCUGAAAUCUCUUAAUAAGAAUGACGUCACGGAGGUGAGAGCCAUGCAGCGCCCCCCGGUGGGCGUGAAGCUCGUCAUUGAAGCCGUUUGUAUAAUGAGAGAGGUCAAACCGAAGAAAGUGGCCGGGGAAAAGCCUGGAACCAAAAUUGAUGACUACUGGGAGCCGGGGAAAGGGCUGAUGCAGGACCCGGGCAAGUUCCUGGAGGGACUCUUCAAGUAUGACAAGGAGAACAUUCCAGAUGCGGUAAUCAAAGCCAUCCAGCCGUACAUCGAUAACGAGGAGUUCCAGCCGGCCGCCAUCGCCCGUGUCUCCAAGGCGUGCACUUCCAUCUGCCAGUGGGUGCAGGCCAUGCACAAAUACCACUUUGUGGCGCGAGGCGUGGAACCCAAACGAAAAGCUCUACAAGAAGCUCAGGAGGAUUUGGCGGAGACUCAGAAGAUUCUGGAUGAGGCGAAAGCUCGGCUGAACGAAGUGGAAGAGGGGAUCACGACUCUGCAAGCCAAAUACCGCGACUGCGUGUCCAAGAAAGAAGAGCUGGAGCAGAAGUGCGACCAGUGCGAGCAGAAGCUGGGCCGGGCCGACAAGCUAAUCACCGGACUCGCCGAUGAGAGGCUGCGCUGGCAGGAAACGGUGCUGAGCCUGGAGAACCUCCUGAUUAACGUCACUGGAGACCUGCUGCUCUGUGCCGGAUUCUUGGCCUAUCUUGGACCAUUCACGGGCCACUAUAGGACAGCUCUGUUUGAACAAUGGACCAAAAAGCUGAAGGAGCUGGAGGUACCUUGUACCCAGGAGCCGUCCCUGAUAGGGACAUUGGGAGACCCCGUCAAGAUCCGUUCCUGGCAGAUUGCCGGUCUUCCGAAUGACACGCUGUCAGUGGAGAACGGCGUGAUAGUCCAGUAUUCCCAGCGCUGGUCUCAUUUCAUCGACCCUCAAGGACAGGCCAACCGAUGGAUCAAAAACUUGGAAAAAGAUAACGGCCUGGACGUGGCGAAGCUCAGUGACCGCGACUUCCUGCGCAGUUUAGAGAACGCGAUCCGCUUUGGAAAGCCGUUCAUGCUGGAAAAUGUUGGGGAAGAGCUGGACCCGGCACUGGAGCCCAUAUUACUCAAACAGACAUACAAGCAGCAGGGGAGCACCGUCCUACGUCUCGGAGAUGCCGUCAUUCCGUAUCACGAUGACUUCAGGAUGUACAUUACCACCAAACUGCCGAAUCCCCAUUAUCCACCUGAGAUCUGCACCAAAGUUACCCUCAUCAACUUCACACUAUCCCCCAGUGGUCUGGAGGAUCAGCUCCUGGGGCAGGUGGUGGCAGAGGAGCGUCCUGACUUAGAAGAAGCGAAGAACCAGCUGAUCCUAUCCAAUGCCAAAAUGCGUCAAGAGCUGAAGGAGAUUGAGGACCAGAUCCUGACCCGUCUCAGCUCCUCCCAGGGGAAUCCAGUGGACGACGUGGACCUCAUCAAGGUGCUGGAGGCCUCCAAGGUGAAAGCGGCUGAGAUCAAGGCAAAAGUUCAAGUGGCCGAGAAGACGGAGAGGGACAUAGACAGCACGCGGUCCCAGUAUGUCCCCGUGGCCGUCAGGACGCAGAUCUUGUUCUUCUGCGUCUCGGAUUUGUCCAACGUGGAUCCGAUGUACCAGUAUUCACUGGAGUGGUUCUUGGGCAUCUUCACUGCCGCCAUCGCCAACUCCGAGAGAGCAGAAACGGUGGAGAAGCGUAUUGAGAACAUAAACACGUAUUUCACCUUCAGCCUGUACAGCAACGUGUGCCGCAGUCUCUUCGAGAAGCACAAACUCAUGUUCUCCUUCCUGCUGUGUGUGCGAAUCCUCAUGGACAAGGGGCUCAUUCACAUGGACGAGUGGCGUUUCUUGCUCUCGGGGGGCACAGCGGCCUCUCUGGCUGAGAAUCCGUGUCCGGAGUGGCUGGCCGAGCGAGCCUGGAGGGACAUCCAAGCGUUGAGUUCACUUCGCAACUUCAGCAGCAUCAAAGACCAAAUCACCCAACACAGCAAAGAGUAUCGGAGGGUCUGCGACAGUCCCGAGCCACACCGGGAGAAGCUUCCGGGCAGUUUGGAACAAUCUCUCGACGACUUCCAGAAGAUGCUGAUUCUGCGCUGCCUGCGAGGAGACAAAGUGACCAACGCCAUGCAGGACUAUGUGUGUCACCAGCUGGGACAGAGGUUCAUAGAGCCGCAGACAGCAGACCUGGGUGCUGUAUUCCGCGACUCCUCCCCUGUCACUUCGCUCAUCUUCAUCCUCUCUUCUGGUACCGACCCGGCCGCCGAUCUCUACAAGUUUGCAGAAGAAAUGAAGUUCUCCAAGAAGCUUAGCGCCAUAUCUCUGGGCCAGGGACAGGGUCCUCGGGCGGAGGCCAUGAUGAGGAAUUCCAUGGAGAGAGGGCAGUGGGUAUUCUUCCAGAACUGCCACCUCGCGCCCAGCUGGAUGCCCUCCCUGGAGAGGCUGAUAGAGAGCAUUGACCCCGAUAAAGUCCACCGGGAUUUCCGCCUCUGGCUGACCAGUAUGCCCAGUAACCAGUUCCCAGUAUCCAUACUACAGAACGGCUCCAAGCUGACCAUUGAGCCUCCACGUGGGGUGAAAGCCAAUCUCCUGCGCACUUACCUGAGCUUGAGCGAUGCAGAUCUAAGUGACUGCAAGAAGGCCCCGGAGCACAAGGCCCUCCUGCUGUCUCUUUGUCUGUUCCACGGCAGCACUCUUGAACGACGGAAGUUUGGCCCGCUGGGAUUUAAUAUCCCCUACGAAUUCACCGACGGAGAUCUCCGGAUCUGCAUCUCUCAGCUGCGGAUGUUUCUGGACGAGUACGCCGACAUCCCAUACAAGGUCCUGCGUUACACGGCCGGCGAGAUUAAUUACGGUGGGCGCGUCACCGACGACUGGGACAGACGAUGCCUCCUCAGCAUCCUACAGGACUUUUACCAGCCGCCGGUGCUGGAGGACGGUCACAGGUUCUCGGUGUCGGGAGUUUACCAUCAGAUCAGCCCGACCUACGACCUGAAUGGUUACCUGCAGUACAUCCGCGCCCUCCCACUCAACGAUCUGACAGAACUCUUCGGCCUCCACGAGAACGCCAACAUCACAUUCGCGCAGAACGAGAGCUUCGCCCUCCUGGGGUCCCUGGUGAGGCUGCAGCCGCGGGCGCAGAGCGCUGGGGGGAGCCGCGAUGAGAUGGUGGAGGAAAUCGCUGAGGGGAUCCUGAAGAAGGUUCCAGCGCUCAUCCCUGUGCAGGAAGUGAUGGCAAAAUACCCCGUCAUGUACCAGGAGUCCAUGAACACCGUGCUGGUGCAGGAGGUCAUACGGUAUAACCGUCUCCUGGCCGUGCUCUCCCAGACUCUCAGCGACCUGCUGAAGGCCAUGAAAGGUCAGGUGGUCAUGUCAUCUCAGUUGGAGCUCAUGGCCACCAGUCUGUAUAACAAUUCGGUGCCGGAGCUCUGGCGGGCAAAGGCGUAUCCGUCGCUGAAGCCGUUGUCCUCCUGGGUGAUCGACCUCCUGGAGAGGAUCAGGUUCCUCCAGAAGUGGAUCGCGGACGGAAUCCCGGCCGUCUUCUGGAUCAGCGGCCUGUUCUUCCCUCAGGCUUUCCUGACCGGAACCUUGCAGAACUUCGCCAGGAAGCACGUCAUCUCCAUCGACACCAUCUCCUUCGACUUCAAGAUUCUCCACGAGACGGUGUCUGAACUGCAGCGGCGCCCCCCGGAGGGGUGUUACAUACACGGCCUGUACCUGGAAGGAGCGAGCUGGGACAAGACGGCAAUGAAGCUAGCCGAAUCCAAGCCGAAAGAACUUUACACGGAGAUGUCGGUCAUCUGGCUGGUGCCGGUGUCCGAACGCAAACCGGCCGCCUCCGGGACCUACCUGUGCCCCAUCUACAAGACCCUGACCCGGGCAGGAACGCUCUCCACCACGGGACAUUCCACCAACUAUGUCAUCGCAGUGGAGCUCCCCAGCAGCCAACCACAAACCCACUGGAUAAAACGGGGCGUGGCUCUGAUCUGCUCUCUGGACUACUGAUCGGAGGAGGGGCCAAAAAGCUUCCUGUAACCUCGGGGGCCCUUUUAAGUCAG